CUCCGGCGGCUCCUCUCCCUCACCCCCAGGCCGCUGCCCCCACAGGGCCCCCUGGCACUGCGUGCCCCCGCAGCACCUCCCGGCAGGACCUUCAGCACCUCAGCAGGCUGCAGGAGCACCUUCAACGUGCAGGAUGGCAGCGACUUCCAGGACCGGGUGGUGAACAACCCCAAACCUGUUGUGGUGGACUUCCACGCGCAGUGGUGUGGCCCCUGCAAGAUCCUAGGCCCCAGGUUAGAGAAGAUGGUGGCCAAGCAGGAGGGGAAGGUGCUGAUGGCCAAAGUGGACAUUGAUGAUCACACGGACCUUGCUAUUGAGUAUGAGGUGUCAGCAGUCCCAACCGUGCUGGCUAUGAAGAACGGAGACGUCGUGGAUAAGUUUGUGGGAAUAAAGGAUGAGGAUCAGCUGGAGGCAUUCCUCAAGAAACUCAUUGGAGCCUGAAGUAAAAGGGUGGCUGUGCCUCUGGACACAUCCACAUUGUGCAUUCCUUGCCUGGGAGAGCCGAGGGGCAUGUGAACUGCCUGCCGUGUACAACCUGGGGUUUUCUUCUGCUUUAGGGUUUUUAGGAAAUGGACCGUAUUGUAACCCUCCCCUCCCACUCCCCCUUCUCUCGAGCAGCAGUAGUUGUAAAGGGCGCUGAGGAGCGUGGCUGUUUAUUCUCAAAAUGGGGAAUGCAGCUGGAAUUAGGAGCCUGUGUUUAUCAGCAAAGAGCUGACGUGCGGAGCUGCUGCUGAGUUAAGAGGAGGAAUGUUUUUCUCUUUGCCUAGCAUCUGAUAGCCCAGAGCAGAGGGCAGCUGCUCCCUGCAAGACGUGGGUACAUACCUGCCCUGGGUGGGUUUGUUUAAAGCUGAGAAUGCCUCUGCCUUGUCUCUGAAACCUCUUUGUCCCUCUGUCCUCGUGUCACUGGGACGGGUACAACUCCACAAAUCCACAGGCUCCCAUCAUAAUUUUGUAAGAGAAAAUAGAAGUAUUUUAUGGAUCUCCUUUUGUAGAUCUGUAAUAAUGAGAACUUUAUCGGUCACUGCUGUCUAGCUGGAGAAUAAAACUUGAUUCUUGGAAGUCACAGGGAAGUCCCUUGUCUGUCCAGAGGUGAGAGGGAGUAUCAGCAGCACAGUGGCUGGUUCCUAACGAUGGGUUGGGAGAGUGCAGGUUGAUUGCCUACUUGAUCCCUACUAAAGGUAACGUGCCAAAAACCAAAGCUGAUUACUUUCAUGGGGCUUUCAAGUGCUGCUUCUAGGACCCCCUUUGGGCACUGCUGGUUGCGGGCCACCGGAAGGACUGGGCCUCCUGCGCGUGAGGAACCUGCGCUGUGCCUGCUCCCUCCAUGCUUUUCUCACUCCUUUUCUGCCCAAGGAGCCCGAGAGCCUCCUUCUCCCUUGUGUGAAGAAAUCUGCUCACGGGGGUGAGCCCUGCUAAAAGGCAGCCUUUUGGCUUUAAUUGCCCUGACCUUUAGACUAAGGGAGGCAGUUCUGUGCUCCUAUCGCAAGCAGCCUUCAGCCCUUCUCCUCUCUUCCUCCUCCUCCCCAUAUACACCUGUUUCCAGUCAACCUGGCUAAGUGCUCCCAGCCUCCUCCUGCGCUUGUAGGCAGAGUACAGCACCAGGGCUGAUGCCUACUGUAAUGCUUAAUUCCAGUUUGCUUAUCUAAGCUGCAUGAGAACAUUGUAAGCACUUAAUAACCAUGUACAAGCUGCUUUUUUUCUUUUUUUUUUCUUUUUUUUUUUUUUUUUUCCCUUCCUUCCCAGCUUCUGUUUCCUUCAGUCACUCUUAACUCUGCUUUGGCUCUGCUCCAUUUCACCUCCCUGGCACAGGUUGUUACGGGCGGCGAGGCAAUGCUUUUCUGCACCUUUGCAAUACCGAUUUAUGACCUUUGAAGGAGCAGGGGAGUGGUGAUUCAAGUCCCGCGUGUCCUGCCGCAGCCGUAGUGCUGCAGGCAUCCCUGCUCCCACCUGCUUCCAUCACCCCUGGAGCCUGGGCAGCAGCAGGAGGUGGUGCUGGUCCCCCGAGAUGGGUA